GCUCAUACCACCCCCAUGAGUAGCAGCAGUAGUCGGUGCCUUUGACUACUGACCAGUUCACCCAAUCUUUCGAAAUCUUGAUUGAUACACCAUUCACAGGUUCUCAAAUGUCUGUUGUUGUCAUACUGACAUAAGUCAAUCGGCGUCCUUUCUCUUCGCUCCCACCCAUCGCCUUCCUCCCAUUUCCUAACCCACGUAGAUAUAUUCCACCCCGACGAUAGCCUCUCUGAUCACCUUUCCAACAUCAACGAUGAAUUCGGACACUGCUGAUACAGCGGGUCUGGAUCAGACCAAUGUUGACCCUCCACAAGAGGAUUCCGCACCUCCUGAUAUCCCUACCCGCCCCACGGCCCUAUCAAGAACCUCGACAUUCGGAAAGAAGUGCUGGAUCUGUAUGAGUGAUGCGAGCGAGGAUGAUCCAAACAACCCUCCCAUAUGGCGCUCCCCAUGUUCAUGUAGCCUCACAGCCCAUGAAGACUGUCUGUUAGACUGGGUCACCAAUCUAGAAGAUCCCAAAACAACCAGGCGGAAGGGACAACCCAAGAUCCUUUGCCCGCAAUGCAGAUCAGAAAUCAAGAUAUCCAGGCCGAGGAGUUAUGUUGUUGAUAUCUACCGCGUGCUUGACAGAACAGUGGCAAGAGCCGUGUUGCCUGCAAUCGGCCUCUCCUUGUCAGGGACAUUUAUAGUGGGUUUGUGGCUGCACGGGUUCUGCUCGGUAUAUUGGGUCUUUGGGCAACAGGAGGCUAAACGCAUCUUGGACAUGUCCAUACCCCGCCUCGGCUGGCUGAGUGCUUACCCUCUCAUUCCCAUCAACCUCAUUUUCUCUCGCACCAGUUACGCCGACUUUGUUCUCCCCAGUGGAACGCUUUUCCUCCUGUCCACCCAAAUCACCGACAAGUUCGAAUUUGACACCGUCGUGUGGCCUCCCUUGCCCAGCACAGUCUUUGCAUGUCUCCCUGCUGUACGUAACAUCUACAACUGGUGUUACCACCAGGCGUUCUGUGAAUUGAACAAGAAAUGGAUAGCCGAGGUUCAGCCAAGGGGAGGAGAGGUCGCCGAGGACCAGGGGCAGAAUAUCGCAGAUCUCGCCAAUGCACAAGCCCCAGAUGGUGUGGUGUUGGAGAUCAAUUUUGGUGCGGUUGAAGACGAAGAAGAAAUUCCAGAACUAGCAGAUCAGCCACAGGGUCCGAUUCCAGGCCAAUUUGACGAUAACCAAGCUGGCGAGGACAAUGCAGGAGAACAGAGAGGGGACAACGAGCCCGCGGCGGGGGCUGGAAAUGCAGGCAAUGAGGCUAAUCAACAACAAAACGGCCACGUGCAUCGACUUCUAGGCGACAGAGGUGAUUUUAUUGUGGAAGGAACAUCAAGUUUAGGCCAGAGCAUCUUUGGAGCCCUCACAUUUCCAGCCGUGGCAGCAGGCAUGGGCGAGUUGCUGAACCUGGUGUUGCCUAGCUCUUGGCUUGGAACAACCAAAGCCAUCAGGGGCCGACCGGGACUACUUCAAACCAAAUGGGGUCGAAGUGUCGUAGGAGGCGCCUUAUUUGUCGUUCUGAAAGACGCUUUGGUUCUGUACUGCCGAUGGCGACUCGCGCAGAGUCAUCAACAUCGGCGAAUCAUGGAUUAUGACAGGAAGACUAAGAAGUACACAGUAUAGAGACAAGGCUAGGGGGAGUAUAAAGCUCUGAGCCAUUCAUAUUUGCUGGAGGUAUUCGUGGAAGAAAUCAUGGAAGGGAUUGCAGCCGCCGCUCGGUCUUGAAAUGACGAACAAGGCGACGAAGAACAGAGGAUACCUUUG